GGGCCUGCCCCUCGGACCUUGGCCGGGGGAUGCUCCCAGCCCGAGCCGAGCCGGAGGAGCCGCCCAGCCGGGGCCAGGCUCCCCUUGUGCAGCCACAAUGUCGGGGGCGCUCUCUUCUGUGCGCAGAGCGGCCUCCCGUCCCCCCCCCCCCGGCUGGCUCUCGGAGCCCUCCCUUCUUCGGGGGGCCUGGCUCCCGGCCACACUCCCGGCCAGAAAGGGUAGCGGCCGGCCGGCCGGCCCACGGAGGCUCCUUGCUCGCCUUCUCCCCCCCGCCCCCCCCAAGGCAGACCCACAGCACUAAACAUAGACACCGAGUCUGCCCUCCCCCUCCGUUUCCACGGCGUGGGAGGAGGGAGCGGCCUCGCCUCCCCAGUUCCCUUCCCGCUGGCUACAGACAAGGCUUCCGUGGCAGAGGGAGGGAAAGACCGGGGGGGGGGGGGAAGGAGCCCCCGGGCCGAAAGGGAGCCGGUGCCAGUGUGGACCGCAGAAGGAGAGGGCCCAGGUGGCCUCGCUGGCAAUGGGGCAGGACAGCCUCUUCGCUGCGACCACCCAGCGCCCAGCUCCUUCCCUCCUCAGGGCUGGCUUCUUGACAAAGAUGGCCCUGAGCCCCCAGAGGCGAUCUCCACUGCGCACAUUUCUUGCAGACUGCAAGCCCCCGGACACAUGGCAAACCCCCCUCCCCGCCCCCCCUUGUGUUUCAGCAGACUUAUGGACAUGAGAUGCAACCCAUCCACCCCCCCCCCCAGAGGAACCCAAGCCUGCACUCUGAAGAGAGCGUGCCACGGAAGACACCCUGAGAGCUCUGCUUGUGGGCCAGUGUUUCUGCUUCUGCUUGCACUUGAGAGAGUCCAGGAGUUCCACAGAGCAGGGGAAAGCCACACCUCCCGUUGAGGCCCCUCUGGCUGCCCGCCUGGUUCCUAGCCAGUGGCUUCUCCGGGGCUGAGAGAGCUGCUCUCUUUCCACAAGGCCCUGGGACGUCUCGUGCACAAACUUCUAGGCCCUGGGACGUCUCGUGCACAAACAUCCACGCUGGGGACAGCCACGAGGGAGCGGGAGCCGGGAAUAAAGCCUGCUCUGCUCUGCGGCUGCCCGUGUGCUGUGCCCCAGCUGAUGUGGCAGCCCUGCGUGCCAUGGUGGACCACCCCAAGCCCAUGGGGGCCUCCUGGGAAUUAGCAAGGGACUUCCUGAUGGCUCGCCCUUCCUGCCAAGAGCAUCCAGACAAAGGCCAAAGUCCAACUCCGUCCCCCAGGGGACGGGUCCUGUCCGGGAGGUGGGGGAGGUAUGCCAGUCUACCAGCCGUGGGUGCCUGGAUUUUGUUUGAGACUCGGGAGUCCCAAGACCCUGAGGGAUGCCGCACUGCAAAACAGACCGCUCAGCUCCUGGGCUGCUCUCAUCAGGGGAGGCAGCAACUCUCCAAAUGGAGGACCAUGAGGCCAGCACACUUUGAAAAAUUAGCACCAUCAGUCUUUCACUGAGAAAUCCUGGUGCGGAGGAGCCUUCGCAGCCGCUCCUCUAAGCAGGCAACUAGUGUCAGCCACUUGGAUGCCUCAGUGCCCGAAUCAGCCCCUGAAACCCCCUCUGAUCUGCCAGGGACCCCCCCUGCACCCCAAAACGAGUUAUGUCAUUAGCUAGUAAGAACGCAACGUAAGAGCAUAGGAACAGCCCUGCUGGACCAGGCCCAAGGAAGCCCAUCUCGUCCAGCCUCCUGUUUCACACAGUGGCCCACCAGAUGCCGCUGGAAGCCUACAGGCAGGAGGAGGGCAACUUUUUCAAAACAACCCUGCCAAGCUGAAGCAUUUUACUGCUGAACAGCGUGGAAUCUGGAGAGCUCCCUGAAGGUGGGCAAAGGAAGGAUGCACCAGAAUAGGAAUCCAAUUGCAGAUGGAUUCAGGUCUUCAUCAACAAGCAAGCAGCACAACUAGCUGGAGGGAGAUGUUCCAGUUUUAUAGCUCCCUCUUCACCACUCCCCAGGGAGAAAAAGAUACCCUUUCUCCUCAGCCCUAAGAGAUUCUGCGGUGAGUGUGUCAGAUGCAGGACUCAUAACAAACACAACCAAACACAAGUAGAGCCCAUAUUAGGACAUAAUCUGUGGUGGUGGUGGCAGAAAAGAUGUAUUUCUCCACCACUGUUGCAUCUACGUAGUGUCAGCCAGCAGAAUUUUUCUGGGUGCUUAAAUGACUCCUUAAUGAAGGUCCUGAGGAUCUGUUAAAUGACCACUUUAAGGCUGCUGUGGGUAGGCUGCUGUGGCAAAUUUGCUUCACGGCUAAAAUCACGCACAUCCUUACCAGCUUGGACACUGUUUUGGGGACAGUCAGAACGAGAUGCUGCCAAUGCUCUGUCUGGUCCUGUUACCAUGGAUAUUUUUCAGACUAUUUUGCCUGACGACAUGGACAGGCUGCUGGGGAGCCUGAGGCUCACCAUGUGAAGCUCACCACGGUGCCCCCUUGGGUGGUGAGACUGGCCAGAGGUGUACGGCAGGUGAUGAGUGCCUGCUUCAAGCAAGGAGUGGUCGCCCUUGACAGAAGGCAGACUCCUUCUGAAGAAGCCCAGACACAGCCAUCUACUUGGCCAGUGCCAAACCUCCCGUUCUGGGGCAACGUGUUGGAGUGUGCAGUGCUGUCUCAACUCUAGGUGGCCAUGGAUGGAACUGAUGACUUGGACCCCUUCCAGGCUGGCUUCCAACCUGGGCUUUGGAAGGCCAUCUUGGUGGUUGACGUGCUGAGACAGGGGAAGUGUCACCCCAUUGAGUCUUCUGGACCUCCCAGUAGCUUUCUAUACCAUCACCCAUGGUGUCCUUCUGGGUGGUUUCUCUGGGUUGAGCUUAGGAGACACCACAAUACAGUGGAUCCAAUCCUACCUAAAAGAGUAGUCUCAGUAGGUGGUUUGGGGACGUCUCUUCUGCCCCUUGGCCAUGGCCUGUGCAGUUCUGCAAGGCGCCACCUUGCCCCUCAUGCUGUUUAAGCCAUCUACCUGCGAUGGCUUGUGCAGGUCAUCCACGGGUUGGGCUGCGAUGUCAUCAAGACACUGAUGACACCCAGUGUCCACCGGUCAUUUAAGUCAUCUGAUACCAGGGAAGCCAUGGACACCUUAACUGAUGCAGGUGAUUUUGGGCUGGAUGAGGACAAAGGGACACUUAAUCAUAGACUGGGCGAGGUGAUUGAGCAGGUGGUAGCCUCUCAGCUCCAGCCAGUUCAGGAUGAUGCAGAUUAUCUAGUCCCGUUUCAAAACAGCUUUUGGGUGGGCUAUGGGGUUAAGACUGCCUUGGUCGAUAAAAUGGAUGAUCUCCAAUUGGCUAUCGACAGAGAGAGUGUGACUCUGCUGAUCCUUUUGAAUCUCUCGAUGGCUUUUGAUACCAUUGAGUGGUAUCCUUCUGGACUGCCUGAGGCAGGUGGGAUUGGGUGGCACUGUUUUACACUCUCUGGUAGAUCCCAGAUGGUUUUGCUUGGAGACUGUUGUUCUGCAAAGCAAGUACUAAAGUGUGGAGUUCAACAAGUCUCCACACUGUCUCCAAUGCUCUUUAACAUCUACAUGAAACCACUGGGAAGGAUCAUCAGGAGGUUUGAUGCUGGGUGUUAUCAAUAUUCUGAUGACUCCCAGAUCUACUUCUCCAUGUCAAUCUCAUCAGGAAAUGGCAUAUCUUCUCUAAAUGCCUGCCUGGAGGUGGUAAUGGGCUGGAUGAGGGAUAACAAACUGAAGUUGAAUCCAAAUAAGCCAGAGGUACUGACUGUGUGGGGUCGGGACCUGAGAGAUGGUUUAGAUCUGCCUGUUCUGCACAGGGUUACACUUCCCCUGAAAGAUCAAGUAUGUAGCUUGGCAGUGCUCCUGGACCCAAAGCUCUCCCUGGUUUCUCAUGUUGAGGCAAUGAUCAGGAGUGCUUUUUAUCAGCUUUGGCUGAUAUGUCAGCUACCUCCAUUUCUGGAGGUAAAUGACCUUAAAACAGGGGUACAAGUGCUGGUAAUCUCCAGGCUUGACUACUGGAAUGCACACUACAUGGGGCUGCCUUUAUACAUAGUCCGGAAACUACAAUUGGUACAGAAUGUGGCAGCCAGAUUGGUCUCUGGGAUAACAAAGGGAACACAUAACACCGUUUUUAAGGGAACUGCACUGGCUGCCGAUAUGUUUCCGGGUGAAAUACAAAGUGUUGGUUGUUACCUUAAUGGCUUGGGCCCAGGGUAUUUAAGAGAGCAUCUCUGUCAUAAUCCCUGCCACCUGUUACGAUCUUCUGGAGAGGUCUGGUUACAGUUGCCGCUGGCUCAUUUGGUGGCAACCUGGGCCCAGGCUUUCUCUGUGGCUGUCCUGGGGCUUUGGAAUAUGCUCCCCGCUGAAAUAAGAGCAUCUCCUUCUCUGUUUGUUUUCAGGAAGAACCUCAAGACUCACUUGUUCUCUCAGGCUUUUAAUUAGAAUUAAUCUUAAUAAUGUGUUUUAAUAACUGUUUUAUGCAAUCGUUUUUAUUGUGUUUUGUGGAUUGUACUCUGUGGCUUUUUAUAUUGUUUUAAAUUUUGUACCCUGCCUAGAGAUAUACAUAUCAGGUGGUAUAAAAAUAUGAUAAAUAAAUAAAUAAAUAAUCCAGACAA